GCAUGUGUACGUUACGAUACGUUGUGUGUACUUGGCGUUUCGCUGAAUGUUAAAGAGCAAGUUCACGCUUCUGUAUGGCAGUUGAGCAACUUACCAAUGGAUUGUAAUCAGGUUAGUGAAGCCGUCCUGCGACUGCCAGCAGAUCUGGGUCAAGCGUUACUGCAGCAGAAGCACUUAGCUGGAGUUGGGGAAAAGAGUGAAGUACCGCAGCGAUAUAAAAGUGCUCUCAGUUGGAAUGGAUGCUCAGGGCUCAAAAAAGAGUGGAGAUACUUGCGACUUUUGAAAUCCCUGCCUUCCGAACCCGGAGUGCGUAAUGUCGUGAACAUUUCUGAUCUUCUCGAGCUUCUUGGCAUCCCGCAGCCGGUUGGCGGAAUUUUGGUGAUGGGUGCUAAUGAGCUUAUUUAUUUGAAUCAGUCAGUGCCACCGUGCGGUUAG